AUGCUCUGUGCCUCUAGUUUAAUUCCCGCGUUCGCAAUUGAUGUCGCCCCCCCUGCGGCACCUGCAUGGAGUUACGAGGGCGAGGAAGUUAUCUUUGUCUCGCUCAUAGGCCCCGAGAACUGGGCGACGCUGUUUCCCAAUUACUGUGCUGGCAGCAGUCAGUCCCCGAUCGCCUUGAAUGGACUCGAAGCCACUGCCAAGAGUUCCUCCGACGCCUGGGUGCUGGACAAAUACGACACCGUCCCUACUGAUCUCAAGAUAGAAAACAAUGGACAUUCAGCCAAGGUUGCAUGGACCAUCACAGACGUCGCGGAGCUUCCCUCGGUCCGCGGCGGAGAGUUGGGUGGCCAGUACACUUUCGCCCAGUUUCAUUUCCACUGGGGCAGCGUCAGCACGCAGGGAUCUGAGCACACCAUCAAUGGGAUCGCAUAUGCUGCCGAGCUUCAUCUGGUGCACUUCAAGACUGAGUAUGGUUCCCUCACCGAAGCGGUCGCGCACAAUGACGGUCUUGCUGUGCUGGGCGUUAUGCUCCUGGGCGGUCUGGUCGACAAUCCCAAACUCACACCAAUCAUCGAUGGGCUCGCUACCAUCACGAAUGCAGAAACCGAAGAACACCUGGCGACAAUGCUUCCUCUCCAAGACCUCCUGCCGCCGGACACCAACACCUUCUACAGGUACUCAGGCUCUUUGACCACUCCCACCUGUAACGAGGUCGUCACCUGGACUGUCUUCAAAGAACCCAUAAGCAUUUCCGAGACUCAGCUUGAGGAAUUCCGCAAGCUCCUCGGAGAGGAUGGACAGCACCACAUUGUCGACAACUUCCGUCCCGUCCAGCACCUCAACGGCCGCACGGUCGAGAAGAUCACUUUGUCCUAACUCUCCAUGAUGUUCACCGGCCAGAAAUGAGGGCGACGACUUCAGUUCACACUACUAGGCGAAAAAGGAAGUAUGCGAGAGAGAGAGAGAGAGAGAGAGAGAGAGAGAGAGAGAGAGAGAGAGAGAGAGAGAGAGAGAGAGAGAGAGAGAGGGAGGUGCAUGGUUAGCAUGUUACAGGAGUGUGUUUUUUCCUUUUGUUGUAUUCUUUGUUUUCUGAAAAAAGAAAAGAAAAAAAUUGUUUUAAGUAAUUUAUUGUGAAUUAUGGUUGAAUAAAGUAUUGUUUGCA